AUGAUGCGCCUCUGCUUGCGGAUCACGCUCUGCGUGCUGCUCCUACCCCUCACCUUCCUUGCCUACCUUGUGGCGCCCUUCUUCUUCUUGAGGUACGACCGGCCCCUUUGGGGAAGCUACCUGCGGGAUGGGUUCUUGGGUCGAUGGGACGGCCGGAGGCCACUGAAGUUCCUGUUUCUGACCUGGGGAAGCCGCGGUGAUCUCCAGCCGAACGUUGCCUUGGGCCUGGAGCUUGCCAGAAGAGGUCACAAGGUCACUGUCAUGGGCUCCGCAGACUAUUCUGAGAUGGUGGUACGUCACGCUGAGCUGAAGUUCGAGCUCUUCGACGACCCAUAUUUGUGGCAACUUGCCGUGGCUUUCGGGAGCUCGAAGGGUGACGAUUUCCUGAGCCUGGUGUCUGGCUACAUUCAGAAUGGGAGUGCGGCGCAGAUUCAGCAAUACAUGCGGGCGGGCCGCGAAGCGGAUGUUCUGUUCGGAAACCACGCCGCCAUGAUGAUGCUUCAGCAUGUCACAGUGGCAGAAGCUCUGAACAAGCCCCUGUUCCUGCUGACCCACGACCUUACUCUGCCCACUGCAGACUACUCCUUCAACCCGUCUGAAAGCCGCGUUACGGACUAUGGAAACGUGGUCAACAUGCUGAACCACCGACUCUUUAGCUUGCUUUUGGGGGCGGUCACCACUGGACCUGGCUCAGAGAUUCGCAAGCUGAGGCAGUCGUUAGGCUUGGACACUUCUUGGCCAUUCCUAGAGCUGCUGCAUCCUCUGCACCUGGCCGAAUUCCCGAUCGUGUGGACCGCCGACCCAUUCCUGUGGAAGCCCGGCAGGGAUCACCCACAGCACUGGGUCGCCACUGGCUUCCUCACCACGGAUGCCAAAGCUGAGGGGGAGAACCAGGCUCUCGAGGAUUGGCUGAAUGAGAGGGAUCGCCCCGUGGUCUACUUCGGCCAGGGGUCCUUCGACCACCACGACCGCCCCACUCUGACGGACAUCAUCCUCGAUGCUCUCAAGGAGUUGCACAUGGAUGGCGUGGCACUGUCCAGGACCCUGGAUGGUCGGGACCUGGCGCCCUACCCGUUCCUAAAGGCUGUGGCGGAGGUCCACCAGGACACGCUUUUCCCGCGCUGCGAGGUGGUGGUGCACCACGGGGGCGCAGGAACGGCUUCUCAGUGCAUCCGCAGCGGACGCCCCGGCGUCUGUAUGCCGUCCAUGCCCUUUCAGGCUGUUUGGGGCACCCGCCUCGAGGAGUUUGGUGCCGGCGUGGUCCUCCACCAUCGUGAUAUGGUGGAGGCCUGGCGGACUUCGGGCGUCAACCUGCUGACGAAGGCGUUGAAGCAGGCCAUGCGGCCAUCCGCCCAAGCUGCGGCCAAGGAGCUCAAAGCGCAAAGCCUCCGCCAGGGAGGCACGCGAAUGGCUGCUGACAAGGUGUUGGACAUACUUCGCCGUGAAGCACUUCGGGAGAAGUUCGAGCCGGAGCUCUGA